AUGGGAGACUCAGCGUAUAGCUUUUCGCUCACUACAUUUUCCCGAACCGGAAAACUUCUUCAAAUCGAAUACGCCCUUAACGCUGUCGCCAAUGGACGAACGUCUCUUGGCAUUUGCGCCAAGGAUGGCGUGGUGAUUGCCACCGACAAGAAAUUGACCAGUGAACUGGUGGACGUCGCUCACGUCCACAAGGUAGAGCUAUUGACACCCUCCUGUGGUGUGUGCUAUUCUGGGGUUGGACCGGAUUAUCGGGUGUUAGUCCAAAGAGCCCGAAAAUCAUCGCAAGUGUAUUUGACUACAUAUGGAGAAGUGCAACCCGUGUCACAACUAGUCAAACAGACUGCUGGAGUCAUGCAAGAGUAUACCCAAAGAGGUGGCGUCAGACCGUUUGGAAUUUCACUCCUGGUCGGUGGUGUAGAUGGAGAUGGGACUCCACGAUUGUAUCAAGUAGAUCCUUCUGGUACCUUUUUUCAAUGGAAGGCCACUGCCAUUGGAAAGAAUUAUGUCAAUGCCAAGAACUUUUUGGAGAAGCGAUUUACCGAGGAUAUGGAAUUGGAAGAUGCGAUCCAUACUGCCCUUUUGACUUUGAGAGAAGGAUUCGAGGGUGAAAUGAACUGUGACAAUAUCGAAGUUGGUGUCGUGCGCAAUGGAAAGUUCAAUGUAUUGACUCCAGAACAAAUCCAAGAUUAUCUCGAUGAGGCAAAUUAG